CGAUUAUAAAUAUAUUAGUAUGACGCACUAUUUUGGUGUAUCACGACAAUGAACUCCCAUCUUUCUCCCAUCUUUCUCACUAAAGCACAGCGACAACUGCUCCGCCGCCACGAUGAACACCAUCACAAACAUAUCCUUCACAUCCGUCGUGACAGGAACGGAGAAAGAGAUUCAAAAAGAGACAGGGGAGAGUCGAUGGACCGGGAGGCCGAGCGCAGGAAACGGAAGGAGCGUGACGAAGAAUUAAAACAACGAAAGCGAGCUCGAUUGGAGAAAGAAAAGGAGGUCGAAACUACUAAAGAGUAUUAUCUGGGCCCGGAAAAGCCCAAGAAGCGAGAGAUCAUUAACAAAUCCCGGUUCUCCUUCGACUGGGCACACAGCGAGGACACAUCACGUGACAUAAGCUCUCUCUACCAAAACCCUCAUGAACCCGGUUUACUCUUCGGUCGCGGAUUCCGUGCUGGAAUAGACCGAAAGGAGCAGAAGAAGCUGGCAGCCAGGACUAAGAGGGAUUUGCUGGAGGAGAUACGUAAGAGGAACGGCAUCGAAGGGACUGCAGUAGAAGCAGCUGCCUUGAAGAAUAAGGAACGAGAUGCUGACAUGUACGACACUUUUGAUAUGAGGGUUGAUCGACAUUGGUCGGACAAGAAGCUGGAGGAAAUGACUGAAAGAGAUUGGAGGAUAUUCAGGGAGGAUCAUAAUAUAUCUUAUAAAGGGUCGAGGAUACCUUGGCCCAUGAGGAAUUGGGCCGAGGGCAAGUUGACUACCGAGUUGCUCAAGGCCGUUGACAGAGCUGGCUACAAGAAGCCAUCUCCUAUUCAAAUGGCUGCCAUUCCCCUUGGACUUCAACAGCGUGAUGUGAUUGGCGUCGCGGAAACUGGUUCAGGUAAAACUGCUGCAUUUGUUCUCCCUAUGUUAGCUUAUAUCAGUAGGCUUCCUCCGUUGAGGGAAGAGAACGAGGCGGAGGGGCCAUAUGCUGUUGUAAUGGCCCCCACGCGAGAGCUAGCUCAACAGAUUGAGGAUGAGACUGUUAAGUUUGCGCACUAUUUGGGUAUCCGAGUUGUUUCUAUUGUUGGUGGACAGUCCAUAGAGGAGCAAGGUUUUAGGAUUAGGCAAGGUUGUGAAGUAGUAAUUGCUACUCCCGGUAGACUUCUCGAUUGCUUGGAGAGACGUUAUUGUGUUCUGAAUCAGUGUAAUUAUGUUGUUCUUGAUGAGGCUGACCGAAUGAUGGACAUGGGUUUUGAACCUCAGGUUAUGGGUGUAUUGGAUGCUAUGCCUUCGAGUAAUAUGAAACCAGAGAAUGAGAAUGAAGAGCUUGAUGAGAAGAAGAUUUAUCGAACCACUUAUAUGUUCAGUGCUACCAUGCCACCUGCUGUAGAGCGGCUGGCUAGAAAAUACUUGAGAAAUCCUGUUGUCGUGACUGUUGGCACUGCUGGAAAGGCUACUGACCUCAUUACUCAGCACGUGUUCAUGGUAAAGGAAUCGGAGAAAAUGUAUAUGCUGCAGAGGCUGCUGGAUGAGCUUGGAGAUAGGACUGCUAUUGUGUUCAUCAACACUAAGAAGCAGGCUGAUUUUGUUGCCAAGAAUCUGGACAAAACUGGCUAUAGGGUAAGCACACUGCACGGUGGGAAGUCACAGGAUCAGAGAGAAAUCAGCCUUGAAGGAUUUAGGACAAAGAGGUAUAAU